AUGGAGCCUCGACCACGCCGACGCCGCCGAAUAGCUCGGUCUUGUACUGAAUGUCGCCGCCGAAAGAUCAGAUGUGACCGAAAGGACCCUUGUACGCACUGUGUCGCCACACAGCUGCGAUGCACUUACAAGGGUUACGGAGAUCAGCCGGCCCCUCUCUUGGAGGCUACAGAGGAAAUAUCCGAUCUCAGCGUUCUUACGCCUUCGUCCUCACGGUUAGUUCAGCAAGUGGGAGGAGGCCGAUCAGCUUCGGGUCAUGAUGCCUUGCCGAGUCCCCUCGGUCCCGCAAUAAGAGCGCCGACACCCGCGGGCACAACAACACAAAUUGAUCCUAGCAUUCCUCAGUACCGGAAUGAGCGACAAUCAUCAGUCUGUGGGCAAAACUUCCAUGCAGAUCUUGCCGAUCUUCUGAACCGAGUCCAGGCCCUUGAGCGAUCUUCAGUACACAAACCGGCCGAUGGCUUAUCUGAGACAAAUCAAGCAAUCCUCGAACGCCCGUCUCGAAUAGAAAGCUCCGAGUGGAUUUUCUCCAAGACAAGGAUUAUGAGAUGGAGCUUGUGGAUGGGGACAGCCAAAGAGGUACUGGUGCAUCUCAGCUUUCGCCUCGAAGCAUCCCGCUGA